UUAUUACCCUCAUCUUCUUCUUCUUUUGUGUUUAUUGAUCUUCAUUAUCAUCAUCAUCAUCAUCAUCAUCUUCUUCUUCUUCUUCUUCUUCUUCAUCAUCUUAAUAGACCUUAACCUUUGCAUCUUGAACUUCUUCCCUUCCAUCCUUAUAUUAUCAUUGUUAGCAUCAUUAUUUUUUUCCUCUUUAAAUUUAUAAGAUAUUUUCUUUAUUCAAUAAAACACCACCAUCAUUUCUUUUUCUUCUUCUCUCAUCAAAACUAUCUCUAUAUAGCUAUUAAUUAUCUGUCUAUAUAUAUAUAUAUAUAUAUCAAAAGUUAUGGGGUUUACAUCAGCUUUGUGCCACCUUACACCAUACUCAGAGAUGAAAACAAGGAGCUCUUCAUUGAUCUAUGGGAACAAGAAGCCAAAAAGAACUACUUCUACAAGCCCAAUGGCAAGGUUGUUUGGCCCUUCAAUCUUUGAGGCAUCUAAACUCAAGGUCUUGUUCGUUGGCAUCCAUGAGAAGAAGAACAAGACCACUACUCUUCUCCCAAGAACAUACACUCUCACUCACAGCGACGUCACUUCUCAUCUUACUCUUGCCAUUUCCCACACCAUUCAUCAUCCUCAGUUACAAGGAUGGUAUCACUGGUUACAAAGAGAUGAAGUAGUAGCCGAAUGGAAAAAAGUGCGAGGAGAAAUGUCACUCCAUGUACACUGCCACAUUAGUGGUGGUCACUUCCUCCUCAACCUCUUCGCCUCUUUUCGGCAUUACAUCUUCUCCAAGGAAUUACCAGUAGUUCUCAAAGCCUUUGUUCACGGAGAUGAGAGUCUUUUUAGCACAUAUCCGGAGCUCGAACAUGCACUGGUUUGGAUUCAUUUCCAUUCAAACAUACCAGAAUUUGAUCGUGUUGAAUGUUGGGGAACUCUCCGGGAAGCGGCUACCGCCGGCCGUGUUGGACCUAACCAUAAUUUUUCUUCGGAAUCUUAUUCAUUUUCAGUUUGGAAACGCUGGUGUGAUGGUGAAUGUUGUUGUUGUUUCCCAAGAUCCCAAAGCAUUAUUGACAUGCAAUUGUUGAAUGGCAUUCAUGAACAACCUUAGAUUUAAAAACCAAAGUAAAAAAUGGCGAUUUUUUUUUUGGUGACCUUGUGAAUAACCAAUGUUAUCUAGCCCAAUAGACAGAGUAUUCACUAUUCUCACACAGGGGUCGAGUGUUCAAAUCUAUUCCGAUGCAUGAUCAGAAAAAGUAUACUGUGCGUUGAAGGUGGAGGGACGUCUCAUAUAUAAAAUGCUACAAAAGAUCCUAGUGUGUGAACAAACUUGCAAUCCAAUCCUUGUAAAGAGAUGAGGGUGCAUAACUAGAUGAUUAAUUUCCGGGUGUGUGCACUCUCCUGAUUAAUUGUUGCACUUAUCACAUUUGUAUAUAUAUAUAUAUAUAUAUUAUUUAUAUUGUUGGAUUAGUUGCAUGUGAAUAUUGAAUGCUAGUUACUUGAUUUAGUAGGAUUGUUAUUUGAUUUUCAAUGUUUAGAAUGAAUUAGAGUAAACUUUGGUGGCUUUCUUUGUUA